UUAAGAUCCUCUCUAAAAUUUUCACAUCAAGCUCAAAAUCGAAUCUUUCCUCUGAUUUUUUUUUCCUCCAUUUCCGUUUUUAUAAAAACUGAAUUGUGUAUGCUACUGCGUAAUUUCCUCUCCGGGAAUAUCUCAUUUCGUUUCCCUUAACCUUAACCCUACCAGUAUAGUAUAUUACUAUUGUAUAUUUUAUAUUCGUUGGUCUCUUGUCUUGUCCCACUCUUAUUUGUUUAUUGAAUUUUGAGAUUUUAGAAAAAGGUGAGAACUUGCUUGAUUUGUUUUGGAGCAAAUUGAUCACGCCCUUAAAGUGUUUGAUAAAAUGGCUCACCCGAUUGGUCCAAGACUGUAUAGUUGCUGCAACUGCAGAAACCAUGUAGGACUUCACGAUGAUAUCAUCUCUAAGGCUUUUCAGGGAAGAACUGGGCGAGCCUUCCUCUUCUCCCACGCUAUGAACAUUGUAGUAGGGGCUAAAGAGGACCGGCAUCUUCUAACGGGUCUCCACACCGUGGCUGAUAUAUCUUGUGCUGACUGUAAUGAACCAUUGGGUUGGAAGUACGAGCGAGCAUAUGAGACCUCACAAAAGUACAAGGAAGGCAAGUUCAUAUUCGAAAAGGCUAAGAUUGUCAAGGAAGAUUGGUAACUGAGGGGAACAUGUUUGAAUUCAUUAUUGGACUGGCUCAAAAACUGUACAUAGAUAAACGUUAGCCUUGUCAAUUCCGAUCUUGAGGGAUUUCACUAGUCAUCAAUCAGCCAUUUUUCCAGUUCUUCAUUGCCGUAAUAAUUAUGUAUCUCUUGUGUUCAAACUUUUGGAUUUGUGCGUCUCUGUCAAUAAAGAUGUUAAUAGUUUCUCUU